UGACAAAGUCAACUAAACUUUCAGACGUUUCAGUCGUCAAAAAUUGACACAAUAAAUCCACAACAUGGCCCACGACCACGACAAAGAUCAAGGAAAUAUCAGUCCGACAACAUCCGACUCGAGUUUAAGAUUACCAACCAAAGUUCCAAGCAAUGCUACUGAUGAUGCAUGGGCAAACCAAGACACGAUUCAUUAUUUAUCUCCCGUCACAACGGCGCGAACCCUGUGUGAGGGAGAUUUCGAUUAUGGGGCUUUUGCGCCCUUUUAUGGCAAAAUGAGUUUGCCGCCGUAUUCCACCGAGUCUUCGUUGUCGUGUGAAGAAGCGCGGUUGCAAAGAACGGUGGCGAUUAUCAAACCGGAAGCAAUGGUUUAUAAGGAUGUUGUGCUGAAAGCUAUCGCUGAUAAAGGCUUCAGUAUUGUCAAUCAACGAACGCUGCACUUAACGCCUGAACAAGUGGCUGAAAUUUAUGAACAACACUAUGGGUGUCCUUCGUUCCCGAAUAUGGUAGUGUCGAUGAGUCUGGGGCCGUGUUUGGUGCUGUCCUUGGCGGGUAUGAAUUCGAUCGAAAAAUGGAAAUCGUUGGUAGGCCCAUAUAAAACCCUCCAAGCUGAGUGGUUUUUACCACUGAAUGUGAGGAAGAGGUUUGAGGUGCAUGUGGAUAUUCCUGAUGCCUUGCAUGCCUCCGAAAACGCCAAGGAUGCUACCAGAGAAAAUAGAUAUUUUUAUCCUGACAGUAUUUUGGAACCCAUCAUUUGCGACCAGUACAAAGUGGAAGAUUAUUGCAACUUGUACAUUAAUCCAACUUUGUUAAAAGGAUUGGUUGAACUUGUGAGGAAAAAACCGGUUGAUCCUAUAAUUUUUCUAGCAGAGUGGCUGCUUAUGAACAACCCAUUUCAACCCCAAGUGCCAUAUAAAUACGCAACAGCUCCCACAUAAAUAAAACAGCCCCAAAAUCGCAUUUAUUUUGCCUAAAAAUCGAAUUUUUGACACUUUUUCUAAAUUCACUGUAAAGCAGGCUUUAACGUCAAACUUGACUUUUCAAAAUCAGUAACAUUUCUUUGAAUCUAAAGGCCGUUUCACAUUUAAUG